AUGGCACAACCAAGUCCUAACUUCGAAAGCCUAGCGGCAACGAUUAGUGAAUCAUCAAACGCCAUCACUUCAUUUCUGAAGUCAAAGAACCUUCCCACCCCAUCAUUCGACGAAAAUGGCCCUCCAGAUAUCCCCAAGGACCCUGAAGUCCAAGGCGCUCGUCUGCAGCUCCUCGGUGCACUGACUGAUAUGCUUCACCUUGCUAUGGGCCCCGCAUUCUACAGCCUGUUCUCGCCCGUAUGGAACAACCACGAUCAGAUGACCAUCGAUGUCCUCAAUCAAUUUGAUUUCUUCUUGGCUGUCCCACUCGGCGGUUCCGCAACUUACAGCGAGAUCUCACGCGCAACAAAUCUUCCUGAAUCUGUCGUUCGCCGAAUAUUGAGACAUGCCUUCACCAUGCGACUAUUUGCAGCAACUGAGCCAGGUUCUGAGUUUGUGAAACACACCGCUACCACAGCUUACCUUGCCAAAACGCCAGCCAUGCGAAGUAUGAUAGCUCACCAGACCGAAGAAACUCGAGCGGGAUCAUUGCAUUUUGCUGAAUCACUGAGGAAGUAUAGCGCCGGCAAGCCAAAUCUCAGCGAGGAGAUUCUUGAGUCCGGCUUCUCGAUCGCCGAUAUUGAUAGAACUGGGCACCCAGUGGAUUAUUGGGCGUAUGCAAAAGUGACUCCAGAAGGCAAGCCGGAGGGUUUCAGAGAGAAGAGAUUUGCUGAAGCUAUGCAGGCUGCAGCCGGAGGAUCCAGUGCUCCCACCGAGCUUCUUAGAGAUAAUUUUGACUGGGGAAGCCUGGGGGGCGGAACAGUAAUAGAUGUUGGGGGCUCCAGCGGACACGACGCUGUACUCCUAGCUAAAGCCUUCCCCAAAAUCUCCUUUAUAGUUCAAGACCGUCCUGAACUUGAGCCAGCUUUUCGAUCAUACGUCCCCCAAGAGCUGUCUUCGCAAAUCACCUUUCAACCUCACAACUUCUUCAACCCACAAACAGAGCAAGCGGACGUAUACAUCCUCAAAAGAAUUCUCCAUGACUGGCCGGACAAGUACGUGGUGCAGAUCUUAAAGAAUCUCACGCACAAACUCAAACCGAGUAGUCGCAUCUUGUUAUUCGAGUCAAUGUUUCCUGAUGCUGCCGUCCAAAGUCAGCUCCCGCCAACGAUGCUGCGCAUGUUAGGCGCAAUCGAUCUGCAAAUGAUUACGUUGUUCAACAGCUUGGAGAGAUCCUAUGAGCAGUGGCAGGAGGUAAUCAAGCGAGCUGACGAUCGAUUUGAGGUUCGUUUGAUCGCGUCGACACCUGAUAGUUUGAGAGGAAUCUUGGAGAUUCGCCUUACCUGA